AUGCAGAUUGCUGACGAGGAAUUGCAGUCCUUUAUAACAAAACCCGCUGGCAAGGCUCCCGUAAAAACUGCCGAAAAGAAAACAAAAGAUGCUACAAAGUCUAAAAAGAAGACCAGGAAGGAAACCUACUCCACUUAUAUCUACAAGGUUCUCAAACAGGUCCAUCCUGACACGGGUAUCUCCAACAAAGCCAUGUCCAUCAUGAACUCGUUUGUCAAUGACAUCUUUGAGCGUAUUGCUGGCGAAGCCUCCAAACUUGCUUCUUACAACAAGCGAUCUACCAUUUCAUCUCGUGAAGUCCAGACUUCUGUUCGUUUGAUUCUUCCUGGUGAACUUGCCAAGCAUGCCGUCUCUGAAGGAACAAAGGCUGUCACAAAGUACCAGUCCUCGAAAUAA